AUGAAGGAGGAAAUUGAACAGGAUAAUUGGUGUGAACUGACACCUAUUUCAACGGCCAUAGUGACUUCAGAUGCAGAUGAAAGUGAUAUUGAGAUGAAUGUCACUGAAGUGGGGUCUGAAUGCUAUCAAGCAGUUAUGGAAAUUCCAAUUCCACUGUCAUUUAUGUUACUCUUUCUACUGAUUGUACCUUCAUGCAUUUGUUUUUCCCCACUUCAAGAUCCUGAACUAGUGGUUGAAGAUGUACAAAAGAGCAUUAAUGCCUCAAGGAGGAACUUGGCAUUUCUCUCUUGUGGGACGGGGAACCCCAUUGAUGAUUGUUGGAGGUGUGAUGCCAAUUGGGAAAAGAAUCGCAAGCAUUUAGCAGAUUGUUCCAUUGGGUUUGGUAAGCAGGCAAUUGGAGGGAGGGAUGGUAAGAUAUAUGUGGUGACUGACCCUGGUGAUCACCCUGUGAAUCCCAAGCCAGGAACACUUAGAUAUGGUGUGAUCCAAGAGGAACCACUGUGGAUCAUUUUCCAGCGUGACAUGGUGAUCAGGCUGAAGGAAGAGCUUAUGAUGAACUCUUUCAAGACAAUUGAUGGCAGAGGGGUAAGUGUGCACAUUGCUGGUGGCCCUUGCAUUACUAUACAGUAUGUGACCAACAUUAUCAUUCAUGGGAUUAACAUCCAUGACUGCAAACAAGGAGGGAAUGCCUAUGUGAGGGACUCCCCUUCACACUAUGGAUGGAGGACUCUCUCAGAUGGUGAUGGCAUCUCCAUCUUUGGAGGGAGUCAUGUUUGGGUGGAUCACUGCUCUCUCUCCAAUUGCCGUGAUGGCCUAAUUGAUGCUAUCCAUGGAUCCACUGCCAUUACCAUAUCCAACAAUUACAUGACCCACCAUAACAAGGUCAUGCUUUUGGGCCACAGUGAUACUUUCACUAGGGACAAGAUCAUGCAAGUCACCAUUGCUUUUAACCACUUUGGAGAAGGGCUAGUACAGAGAAUGCCAAGAUGUAGGUAUGGAUACUUCCAUGUGGUGAACAAUGAUUACACCCAAUGGAAAAUGUAUGCCAUAGGGGGGAGUGCUGCCCCAACUAUCAAUAGCCAAGGGAAUAGAUUUCUUGCUCCUAAUGACAAUACCUUCAAAGAGGUGACAAAGAGGGAGAAUUCAGCACAGAGCAAAUGGAAGAACUGGAAUUGGAGGUCAACGGGAGAUUUGAUGUUAAACGGUGCAUUUUUCACUGCAUCAGGAGCAGGUGCAUCUUCAAGCUAUGCAAGAGCAUCUAGUUUGUCAGCAAAACCAUCUUCGCUUGUCAGUUCUAUAACGGCAUCAGCUGGAUCACUUCGAUGCAGAAAGGGUUCACGUUGCUGA